CAGCACUCGGCAAGUCGCUGCCAUCAGGUACGCGCACGGUGUUUUCGGUCUGCAGGUAAUACUUAAAAAAAAACCUGCUUUCAAUUUCUUCUCAAAUAAAUAUAAAAAAAAAGAAAAAAUAGUGCCAAUUUUAAAAACUACCGUUUUUUUUUCUCAUCACUAUUGUGAUUAGUGGAUAUUUUGGAUUAAUCUAUAUUCAACAAUCAGUGUUUUGUUAUAAGUGAAAGUGAAUUAUGAAAUUAUAAUCCAACUUUGAUAUUUUGUUGUGAUAAAAUUCAACCACGUGGCUAACAAUCUAAUUUUCUUUUUUUUUUAAUAAACAAAUUUUUAUUUCUUCGUUUUAAGAAAGACGCUUUAAUAAUCACGUACAUACAAUGUCUGAAACCAAAGACGAGUUGAAUCUUUGAUGAGAUUGCAUUAAACGUUUUUUGAACAGAUCGAGAGUGGAUAAGGAACUAGAAAGAGAAGAGAGAGAGAGAGAGAAAAAAAAAAGAUCCUUGUUACCACUAAGACUGUCGUUUCAAAUAUUCAAGGACUCACAAAAAUUCACCUUCUCAAUAUAUUUUUUUUAAAACCGUUUAAAUUCACUCAUUUCUUUUUUUUAAAAAAAAGCUUUUGUUAUAGCAAAUAAGAUAAUACUUAUCUUGCUGUAACGUGGCACCCACGAGGACAAAGAAAAGCAAGGUGUAUAUUAACACCAUAGAAAUGUGUCCAAAAAUGAGAGAUUAUAUGUUCAGAUAAACAUUCUUAUCAUCCUGAUGAAAAAUCAACAGACGAAGGAAAUUUAUUCCCAGAGAUUUCGAAAGUUCUUUUGCAUAAUAUAUAACUCCGGCCGCACUUUUUUUUUUGGAUCAGUGUCCCGUUAACCUACCUAACGGAAAGCGAGUUGUAAAAAUUUAUAAUGAAUGAAUGAAAAAAUUGAAAUUUAAACGAAAAAUAAUGCUCAAGUGGAUUAAAGUUCGUCAGGAUUUGUCGUCCUCGACAAUUAUUGACAAGAGCAAUGAUGAAACGGAUGUUCAACCAGUUAAGGAAGACGAAGAUGAUAGUGGAAUGGAGAGGGAGGAUUCACCCGCCGUCGAUUUGAGUCUUCUCAAAAAAGACCUGUUCUCCCAGCUGCAGUUUUCGCAAGAAAGCGCUUUACCACCAGACGCUUUACGUCGAGCCCUGGCUGAGAGUUUUCUCGAUCAGCAAAGGUUUCAGCUAGGUUUUAUGGAUGAUGCUGCUGAAUGCUUUGAAAAUAUUUUGUUGCGAAUUCAUUUGCAUAUUGCUAGUGGAGAAGCAGAGGAUAUGUGUAGUGCUCGGCAUUGUGUUCCACAUCAGAAAUUUGCAAUGACACUUGUCGAGCAAAGUGUCUGUGAAGCUUGCGGUGCCACUUCAGAGCCAUUGCCAUUUACACAGAUGGUUCAUUAUGUAUCGGCGUCGGCGUUAACUUCUCAAGCUCGACAAACGCCUCCAGCUUCAAGAUCGAGUCCAGAUUUGUUUGGACAGCUUUUACGUCGAGCUGGAGGAAUGGGCGAUAUUCGCGAUUGUCCGAGCUCUUGUGGUGCUAAAAUUCAAAUAUGUCGAACUUUGAUGAAUCGACCUGAAAUCGUUUCAGUCGGUGUUGUUUGGGACAGCGAACGACCAUCACUUGAUCAUAUAAUGGAUGUUUUUGCCACAGUUGGCACGACUCUUCGAUUAAGUGACGUUUUUCAUAGUGUUGUCGACUCAAGAUGGGGUGCUUCCACUGUACAUAAUCUCGUUGGAGUUGUUACAUAUUAUGGAAAGCAUUAUUCAACUUUCUUCUUUCAUACAAAAUUAAAGGUCUGGAUAUAUUUCGACGACGCGACCGUUAAGGAGAUUGGACCCCGAUGGGAGCAGGUCGUUGAAAAGUGUAGAAGAGGUCGAUAUCAACCGCUUCUAUUGUUGUACGCGACCCCGGGUGGUACGCCUGUCAAUACUGAGAAUGCCCCGAAGACCAUCACUCCAUUUCCCGAUGGAAAUGGACUUAAGACACCACCGAAAAACAAUGUUCGCCGAUCGAUCACUCCAAGUCCAGAAAAACCGGCAAUUAAUAAUACUGCCAGGAGGGCAAUCACUCCCAAUCCUGAUAGUCCAACACACGUUUACACACAACGUCGAAUUUACAGUGAUUAUCAAAAUCUCACUGAUAUUCAAAAUAACAUCUUUGCCAAUCAGAGUGUAGAUGCAGUUGAUGGUGAUAUAGAUGCAAAAUACAUCAGUCGAAGAGCAGUUGAAACUGUGAUGCAACAACAAAAGAAGCAACAAAUGCAAUUAACGCGAAGUCUAAGCGCAGGAUCGGCACCACAGGACGGUAUCAAUAUUCCAGAUCAUCUUAAUGUUCCACGGAGACGGGAUUCGGGAAACUGGUCCGGAGAUCGAAAUAGUGCCUCCUCUAGUUCAUCGACAACAAUGGAGAAUCCUUAUUUAUAUAUAGUCAACAAGGUUCAAAGAAAUUCCGGUGUUCCUAAGAGUCCAACAAGCAAAUCCGGAGAAUUAUCAAGCAGCAGUAGUGGUCACUACGAUGCGGGUUACGAUUCCUAUUCUCUCUCCUCGACUGAUAGCCUUCCACUCCAACAAGGAUUAAAGCACAACCUACAGCUUGCUCAAAUUCCGGAAGGGUACCAACCACAAUCGGGAGAUGAUUGCGAACGUCUCUGUAAGGAGACGGACGCACUUUUAGAUAAGUCUCGAGCUGCCGAAGACGCUGGUGAUCUUGUCACAGCUUCAGUUCUCUGCUCUGCGGCGAGUAGUAAAGCGAGAGCAGCAAUGGAUGCUCCCUACAAUAAUCCCCAAACUAUCAAAAUUGCAAGAAUGAAGCACAAUACUUGCGUCAUGAGAACCAGAAGUUUACACAGGAGAAUGCUGCAGGAACAAGCCAUCGCUAAUGGUGAUAAAGAAGAAGGAGCCCUAGAGGGAAGACAUUCGCGAGAGAACAGCAAAUCUGGCCAGCAUUCGAGGCAGAGUUCACGUGAUAAAGGCAAUCAUUCACGUCAAAAUAGUCGUGAACUUUUGGUAAAUACACCAGCAGUUGUUGAUAAACCAGCUACAAAGAGUAUUGAAAUCUAUGCAACUCUUCCAAAGAAGAAGUCUCCGAGAAAUAAAGGAACAACGACAAAUGUAAUUGAAGACGAGGAAUACAUGCUCUAUGAUCGUCCAACCCAACGAACUGGACUUUUUGGUAGAGUGAAGCGUUGUGAGGAUGAUAAAAAAGACAAAAAACGAGCACGAAGCGAAGAACGUAACAAAAAUUCAAAAGACUUUUCCCUUGUACCCACGCGGCCCUCGCAAUCAUUUAAAAUUACAAAACUUGAGAAAAGCAAAGAGAAUUUAGAAAAUACGAGUAAAAAUCAAACUGGAAGUGAUCAAAAACAAGGAAAGAAGCAGCACAAAAUCAGAAGAAAGUUACUCAUGGGUGGAUUAAUAAAGAGGAAAAACAGAAGCAUGCCAGAUUUAAGGGAGGGACAAGAUGGACCUGUCAAUGGCGCUGGAUCUUCCAAUACAUUACCAAAACAAUCGGUCGAUGAUUCGAGUGUUGGACUCAAGGAUGCAUCACAAUCUCUGAGUGGAUAUCUCUCGGAGGGUCAUCUUGAAUUCUCUGGAAGUGGUAAUGGGAGCAUGGGGAACCCGAAUUUAGAGAGAAGUCGCCUGAUGAGGAAGAGCUUCCACGGCAGUGCUGGUAAAGUUCUGCACGUUGCGAAGGUUCCUCCACCUCCACCCCUCAGGACCACUUCUCAACUUAGCAAGACUAAGUGUUCGUCAGAAGUGCGAAACGAGCAACAAACCGAUAAAUCUCUUUACCCAUUGUCCGACGGACAGGGCAAAACGAAUUCGCCUCAAGAUCAGAGCAACGCUUAUUGGAGUCACAUGAAUUCAAACCAGGCGAAUAGAAACUCUAACUACGCGGAUUAUUCCUCCGAACCGCACUCCCUACCCUUCAUUCCUACAUAUGGUAGUGAAAGUAGCACUUCUCAGAUGAAAUAUAAUAGCAAACCGAGAAUACAAGACGAUGUUGUGCAAUACGCUAAUGGAAUUCUAUUUGAACCAACUUUUGUUGUAACCCGAGCUGAUGUCCAUAACGAACAAAGUCCCGUCAAGCCAGAAUCACUUCCACCUUAUCCCGAAAAUGGCAAUGGAUCUCAUUCGAGACAACCAAGUGAAGAAUUCCCACCUCCACCAUAUCCUUCAAUACCUUCUGUAUCCCACUCAAGGCAAGCCAGUGAAGAUUUUCCACCACCUCCAUCGCCCAUCGAAGAUCAAAAAGACGCCCAAUCCGAAGCUCAACAAAUCAGCAGUCUUCUCGCUCAAUUACAACUCAAAAGAGAUCAAACUCUCGCUGCAGAGACCAAGGACAUGAGAAUUGACUGUCAAGAUGUUGAGGACAAGACUUCCAAUGAGAACUGGCUUAGGGAACUUCAGGCAAAACAAGCCGAAAUGAGAAUAAAGAAACAAACCCUCGUUGAACAAGAUAUUCCAAAACUUCGAUCAGGUAUUCAAGGUGGUACUGUCGCUAGAAGAACUAGCGAUCUAAUGCUCAACAGUAUUGGCUCUUUCGAUCAGGGACGCGAUGUUACCGAUUGCUCAAGAGUUGUCACGUCUUCCGUCAAGGACAUGGCCGCCAAAUUUGAACAAAGCAAGGUGCUGGCACCAAAAGCUGAACAAAAGACCCAUUUCACGAAUGCGGCCACUCCUUCACCCAUUAUGGACAACUCUCCAGAAAUGUUCAAUGCCGAGAAUCCUGUUCAGCCUCAGAUUCACAUACAAAAUCAAAUACCAAAUCACGUCCAAAGUCAAAUGCAAAAUCAAAUUCACAGCCAGAUACAAAAUCAAAUGCAAAAUCAGAUCCCAAUUAAUCAGAAUUAUGAACAAAAUGGUCUGCCUGUUCAAGAAAGUGGACUGAACGCUGCAAUUCUCUCAAUGUCACUAACCUUGCCACACGAGAAUGGACUCCCGAUUGACUAUCCAGAAAAUGAUAUCAGUGAAGUCGCAAUGCAAAACACAAUCCAAAACACGACAAUUUUACCCAAUGAAGAUGAUAUUGCUCCCAGAAAAACGAAACACCGAAUCGGUAAAAAGAAAAGCGUCUCCUUCUGCGAUCAAGUUGUCCUUGUUGCAACAGCCGAAGAUGAUGAGAAAGCAUCCUACAUUCCAAAUCCCAUUUUAGAGAGGGUAUUACGAUCGGCAAUGAAUAAACCCGAAACGGCAAAGGUUCUUCGCGAAAUCAAGACCCUCCAGGAAGCGGAAAUAAAUCGUGAAAAUUCGACCAUGAAAUUCCAACAGCACACUCUGCCUCUCAAAAGUGAGGCUGACAGUAUACCCGCGACUCCCUUCCAGGAUCAACUCAGAAGUGUUAAUCCUCUUCCAAUUGCCGAUGCAAAUAGACCAACUUUCGUCCGACAAAAUUCAAACGAUUCCACAGGAUCAGAAAUCAAGAAUUACGUCUACGAUAGUCAAGAACUUAGAGACUCUUAUCUAAGUCAAAAUGCAAAGAUUCCAACAUCCUAUUCGCCUCAACUUCAACAGCAAAUUAGAUAUUCACAAAGUGGAUAUCCACAAUUCACCCAAACACCAUCUGGCUAUCCACAGACGCAAACUUCUCAUCCUAGAAAUCAAGUUCUUCCUCAACAAAAGCCAGCCAGUCCAUUUACUGUUCAAAUGCACAAUUUCCCACAAAAUGGAAAUCAGAAGAACUCUACAAAAAGUGGCUACCAAUAUUAUCAUCUUGAACAACAACACAAUCAAAUGAACAAACAACUCACGCAACAGGGUCUCAAUCAACGAAUUAUUAAUCAUAAUGCAACUGCAAGUCAUAACGGAAGUCUAAAUGUAAGUCACAAUGGAAGUUUAAAUGGAAGUUUAACUACAAAUCACAAUGGAAGUCUAACAAGUCACAACGGAAGUUUAAAUUCAAAUCAUAAUUCGAGUCCAAUUACAGUUCAACAACAAUUCUAUCCAUCAAAUCAAUCGCCAAAUCCUUAUCAACAAUUUGCAAAUCAAAAUCAAUAUCCUCAUGGUUCAUAUCAGGGAUAUUCUUAUCAAACCUCUCCUCAACAACGUGUUAAUCAACCACUUCCACAAUAUCAACCGCCACCAACUCCAAAUCCCGUUUAUCAACAACAAGUACCACAAAAUGGUUAUCAGCAACAAAGGCUUGACAAUUAUCAAAGAGCACCACAACAAAAAUUUGAGCAACAAAAUGUACUUGCGCCAAAUCAAACUUAUCCAAAUCAAUUGCAAAAUGGACAAAUUCAAUCGAAUAUGAAAUAUCCAACUUAUCAGCAUCCGCCUGCACCGAAAAAUAAAAUUGUUUUUCAAACUGCCGUGAAGAAUACAACAACAGUCACACAAACAACAUCUGUUGUACAACAAAAAACAACAUGUGGAAAAACUUGUCAUCUAUGCGGAAAAAAAAGUGUCGUUCAACCAGCAAUUUAUUGUACUGACUGUGAAUUUUAUAUGUCGCGCUUCCGACCUAAGACUUAAGAAUGCCAUUAUUGCUUUUUGAUAUUUUUUUUUUUUUUUUUUUAUUAAAAAGGCGUGGUACUUAAAAUGUUUAUUUUGUUUCUCAUUAAUAUUUAGCUGAGAUUUUUGUCGAUAUUUUAAUUAUUUAAUUAAUUUUAAGAUACCACGUCAAUGUUUAAUGUACAAAAAAAAAGUAGAUGUAGAUGAAGGUAUAUAAUUAGAAAGAUACCGUGCAGCUUUUAAACAACGUGUAAAUCCUUUUUCUAAAUUUACUGAAAUACUUGAAAUUUCAAAUUAUCUAAAAUUUCAAGAAUUACAGAAUACAUAUAGAAUGUAGAAUUAGAGAAAAUCUAUUUGAUAUAAUCAUAUGGAGAACUGAAAGUAUUGAUCGUAUUUGAAUAUUCUAAGAAAAUAUUGCUGAUUUUAAAGUAUUGAAUUUAAAUAUUGAUGACAGAGAAUUAUUUAUAUUAUAAUUAUUAUAAUUAUUUUUAUUAUUAUUUUUAUAAUUAUUAUUAUUAUUAUUAUCAUCAUCAUCGUUUUGUCUUUUAUGUAUUAAUCAACACACAAUAGUAUUAAUGCAAAGCAAUACAAGAGUAUUGAUUAAAUUAGCUUUAAGCAUAAAAUUGAACAAAUUAUUGAUUCUUUUAAAGUUUUAAGUUUCUAUUGAUUUUAGUCGAUAUUUCAGCCAUAUUUUGACAAUUUAAGUCAUGGCAUUAAAACUAAUUGUAUAUUUAUAAAAAUGUAUUAAUUUGUUAAGAUUUAAGUUUUAUGUACAAAUUCGUAAAAAUCUACGAAUCUUCCAUUUUUCAUCGAUAAAAUAUUUCGUGUACUUAUUAUUAUUAUUAUUAUUAUUAUUAUUAUUAUCGUUACUGUUAAGUUUUUUAUUUCGUGCAAAUGUUUGAAUUGUUCGCGGCAACAAAAAAAGGCGAUAUUUCUAUAUUGUAAAAGACAUUAAUGUCUUAAAUGUGAUACUAGAACUUGCUACUUUAUAUGUUAGAUACUAUAUAUAUAUUCGACGUUAUUGUCAAAAAAAGUUAAUUAGAAUUUACAUAUAUGACGAGUAUUCGUAUUUUGCCAUUCGUAUUUCUCUAUUUUGUCGUUUAUUAAAAAAUUUUACGACUUUCAUUAUUUGAGUGAAAGUUUUAUUUUAUUUUUAUAUAUAUAUUUUUUUUUUUUUUUGAUAAAAUAUUGAGAUUUAUAAUAUAUAAAAUUUCUGGUUGGAAGCGUCGAUAUAGUGAUUUACGAAUGUAAAAUUUGAAUAUUAUAUACUCGUGGAGCGGAAGGAAUAUGAUCUCUAAACAAAACGUAGAGUUUAUUUUAUGUUAAUGUGAGCGUUAAAGUUAAUGCUUUUGUAAUAUGUUGUCAAAUAUUUUCGAUAUGUGCUAGAAUCAUUAUUGUACAAAUUUUCUCAUUUUAUAUUUCAUACGUGAGAGUAUUUUGUUUUAAAAAUACUUUUCUUUCUUGCAAAGCAUAUACAUCAUAUUUGAAAUAAAUCAAUCUCUAAAAAAUAUA